CUGCAUCGAAGCGGCGGUAUAUAAUGUGUGCCGCUGAGCGAACGGCAUCAGAUCCUUCUGAAACUACCAGUCAUCAUGAACGCUAAGGUCCUGCUUCUGGUGUGUCUUGCAGCUGUUGUUGCUGCAGACAGCUUUGAAUCUGCUGAAUCAGGCGAAUACAACUUCAACUGGGCCGUCAAGCACGACGACUCCGGCAACGACUUCGGACACCAGGAAGCCCGCAAUGGAGACAACACUCAGGGAUCCUACUACGUGCAGCUCCCCGACGGCCGCCUGCAGACCGUGAGGUACGUCGUGGACGGCGACGACGGCUACGUGGCUGAGGUCAACUACGAGGGCGAGGCUCGUUACCCCGACUCCAAUGAAUCAAAGUGAAGAGAAUAUGUUGGCCUCUACGAAGAAGGACACGACCAGGAACACAACAGAUCUAAGAAUCUAACUUUUAACGAGAUCUUUAAUAAUCUGUCCAGGUCAACGCUAGGAUAAUCUGGCACCUGGAAUAAUGAUUUUAAAGGAUUAUUCUGUGUUAGAGAAAUCUCUAGGAAGGAAAUCGUAUGCUGUAAAAUGCCUUAUUUAUUGUUGCUUUCCAAUAAAUUGUCUCUUAUGAACA